ACUAAAACCUGCUUAAGAAAUAAACCUGCGCUACUAUGCUAUAUAUGGAGCACAUCGCCGGACUCCGUCGCUAGGAGGACAUAGAGAUCGUUCUCGCCGGAGGAGAAGUCCGGCCGCUGCACCGAAGAGCUAGUGUAACGUUGAGUUGGAAGGCUUCAGUUCGGUCACUACUAUCGAAAGAGAAGAUCACGGAGGGAGCAACGCCGGAAAGUGCCGAACGAGGAUGUACCGUGUGGUAUGGCUACUAGCCCUGGUCUCUUUUAUUCGCCGACUUCAGUCGUUCAAUGAAUAAAGGUGAUUGAGUGAGAUGCAAAGUAGAAUAAUUGCCUAGAUUAUUUGGAGAAGAUCGAGAUAGAAGCUUCGGUUAUGAAUUAUCGUGAUUUGAGGUGAUGAUUUGAUGAAGGUGUUGAUUCUGAGAGAGCUUCCGCUAGAAAAAAUGUAAUAAAUAGAUAACAUUGUAGUUUAAUUUAGUUUUCAAGACAAUUAUUGAGUUUAAUUGUUUUUAAGGGAUUAGCAUGUGCACUUGGUUAGGUUAGAGCCGAGUGUGGCGGUAACGCCCCUAUUUCCCUUUUGAUUUUCCGCUGCACAAUUCUGAUGUUUUCAAAUAAAGUUAAUAAAUAAUGUUUUAUUUAAAGGUAUUUUUGGGUGGGAAAUUUGGGGGUGUUACAGUACGUGUUGAAGUGCGACAAUCAAAGUGUAAUUUACUUGGCGAAGAACUCAACAUUUCAUUCCCGCACGAAGCACAUUGAUACAAGGUAUCAUUGGAUCCGAGAAGUCCUCGAAGAAAAGAAAUUGCAUCUUGACAAGGUUCACACAGACGAGAACGGGUCAGACAUGAUGACCAAGGUUAUACCGACAAAGAAGUUCGAAGAUUGUUGUCAAGGUGCAGGUUUGCUACAACCCCCCAAUUAAGUUGGGAGGGGGGGAUUUGUUGGGAUCCCUACUUAAUUGGAGAGGUUCUAGAAAAUUCUAGAGCUUUCUAGAGAAGUAUAGAAUUUUCUAGAACGUUACGGAGAAUCCUAGAGAAGUCUAGAACUUUCUAGAAGCUUGCGGAAUAAUGUGGAAUCCUCUGGAAUAUUCUAGAGAUGUGUGGAAUCUUCCGGAAGCUUAUGGAAGAGUAUGGAAGCAUAUGGAAGAGAAUGGAGAGGUGUAGAGAUUCCUUGGAAUUCUCUAGAAUAGGUAGUCAUGUAGAUCAUUCUAGAGAAAUAUUCUCCACCACUCAUUAUGGAGGUGGAGUAGUAAAAAUAGGAGUAGGAGCCUCCAUUCCUAUCUAUCUCAAUCCUAAUCCUAGCAAUCCUAGCAAGAGAGAAUUCACUUCCUAGAGUGAGAAAGCUAGAAAGUUAGAGAGCCUCUUUGAGAGAGAAGAGAGUUAACUUGGGAAUGUCAUAUCCUCAAGCUUGAGUGAGCCACCAUUGAGUGAGACAAUUUUGUAACAUUCUUGUAAAUCCUACUAUUCUUUUGUAUAGUGGAAGAAUCUCCAUAUUGAAGAAUUUAAAUCGUGUGCUCUCAUUACUACCUUAAUUCCUAAGUGCCUAUCUUAACUUCACGAAGCGGGAAAUUCCGGAGUUUUUUCCCAACAACUUGUUAUAUUACAAAAUGCUGGUAGCUUAUUUGAAUUUUGAUCAUAUUUAGUGGCAUAGUUGGUGACGACUUUCAUGGGGAAGAAAGGAAGUGGCUGUUUUUCCGGCGUGAAAAAAGCUUUCCAAAACUCUUCCAAUGAUUUGGCAAUGGAGAAGAAGGUUAGAUUUGUGAAACACUAUGACAUGAAGGAAAGCAGGGUAGAUAGAAAACAGAACAAAACAGAAUCAGUAAAAGUGGUAUCACUAGAUCACUUCCCAGAUUCGCCAACAAGCAAUGUUACUGACGAAAAGAGCGACGAUGAUUCGUGUCCGGAGGCCACUCAGGAUUGUCAACAUGCCAUCAUUGUGGCGGGCUGGCGGCCGCAAUCGCUGUAGCUGCAGAGGCCGCCAUUGCAGCGGCUAAGGCGGCAACUAAGGUUAUCAGAUUAGCCGGAAGCUACACCGCCCUGCUAAGUAGGAACGGGCGGCCACUAUGGUACAAUCACAUUGCACGUGAUGUCUUGUACGAACUCCUAUUUAACAUUUUUACAUUCUACUCUAUGUUGUAAAAACCGGACCGGGAGGCGACAUAGAUAAGUUGCCAGGUCAAGGGUCAACUCGGACCUGGAGGGUCAACCUGAUCAAGACCGGUUAACCCGGUCA